AUGGCAAAAGAAAAGAAGAAGAAAAGCGACGCCGAUGCCAAAAAGGCAAAGAAGGCGGAAAAGGCAGCCAAACAAGCCAACAAGGGAGAGAAGAAGGCAAAAUCCAAAGCGGCCAAGGUCGAGGGCUCCGAUGCCGAGGACGCCGAUCUCGACGAGAUUCUGGAGGAAUACCGUCGCCAGCAGGAACUGCAUCUCAAAAUCACAGAGACGGUCGUUGACGCCCCGCCUCGACCACGCGCUGCGAGCACACUCCUCGCCUCGCCUCACGACAGCAACACCUUGCUGCUGUUUGGCGGCGAAUACUUUAAUGGCUCACUGGCAUCUUUCUUCAACGACCUGAAUGUGUACAACAUCAGCAGAGAUGAGUGGCGCUGCGUGACCAGCCCAAAUGCCCCAUUGCCACGGUCUGGUCAUGCCUGGACACGUGCGGAGAAUCCGAAACAUGUCUAUCUCUUUGGAGGCGAAUUCUCUUCUCCCAAGCAGGGCACCUUUCAUCACUACUCUGAUUUCUGGAGACUGGAGCCGGCAACGAGGGAAUGGACCAAGAUUGAGACCAAGGGCAAGGACAAGAGCCCGCCGGCAAGGAGUGGCCAUCGCAUGACGUAUUGGAAGCAGUACAUCAUCUUGUUUGGGGGCUUCCAGGACACCUCCAACCAGACGCGGUACUUGUCUGACCUGUGGAUUUUUGACACAGUGAACUUUGUGUGGCACUCGCCAGCGCUGCCACAGGCACAGCUGAAGCCUGAUGCGAGAUCCUCCUUUACGCUCCUCCCACACGAGUCCGGCGCGGUGCUCUACGGAGGCUACUCCCGCAUCAAAGCAAUGGUCAACCUGAAACAGAAGACGGGCAAGGGGCAGGCGCAAGGGCAGAAGAACAUCCUCAAGCCCAAGGUACACGACGAUUGCUUCUUCCUGCGCAUGACGCAACCCCCCAAUGAUGCGCCGCCCAACUCGCCUCCUACUGUGCGAUGGGAACGAAGGAAGAAGCCGGCCAACUCUCCCAACCCGCCGCGCGCAGGAGCAACAAUGACAUGGCAUAAAGGCAGAGGUAUCAUGUUUGGCGGCGUGCAUGAUGUGGAGCAGAGCGAGGAAGGUAUGGACAGCGAGUUUUUCAACCAGCUGUUCGCAUGGAACGUGGAGCGUAACCGAUUCAUGCCUCUGCCAUUGCGUAAGCCACGCCAACAAAACAAGAAGGCCGCGCAGGAUCAACGAAGAGGUGGCGGGCGCCGCGGUCGACAAGGUGGUGACGAGGAACUUCUUCGACAGCUGCAGGCCCUAGAAAUGGGCGCCUCACUGGACGAUGUGGACGACAUUGAACUUGAAAAACAAGAAGAAGCCGAAGAGGAGGCCCCGGUGAAGGAAUACCCCGUCACCAUGGAGCCGCCGCACAUGCGUUUCAACGCACAGUUGGCUGUCCAGGGCGAUAACCUCUACAUCUACGGCGGCACAUUUGAAAAAGGUGACCGAGAGUUCACUUUUGAUGAUCUGUACGCCAUCAAUCUGGAUAAACUCGAUGGGUGCAAGGAGAUCUUCCAGCGACCUGUCGAGGACUGGAUCGAGUCGGAUGAUGAGGGCGACGACGAGGAAGACGAAGACGCAGACGAGGAAGACGAAGAUGAAGACGACGACGAGUACGAGGUUGCAGACAAAAAGUUCACGCCAAGCAAGCGCAGGAAGAAGCAGAGUGAGGAAACAUCCGAGCACGGAUCAGAGACCUCUGCCGCGCCCACGACGGCGUCCACCGACGAGGACGAUGCUGAGUCCACCGCCGCGGCGUCCGUGGACGACGGUCUGCCUCAUCCCAGGCCCUUUGAGUCUCGACGCGAGUUCUUUGUCCGCACAUCCAACGAAUGGCAAGAGAUCCUCAUGACCAGCCUACGCUGGAAGAACAUCCAGCCCGAAUCGAUGCCCGUCAAGGAGAUCAAGGCGAAGGCGUUCGAACUCAGCGAGGAGAAGUGGUGGGAUUGCCGCGAGGAGGUUGCCGCGCUGGAGGAAGAGCAGGAGGCGGCGGGAAUACAAGAGGUGGUCAGUCUGGCCGAUAGGGGCGACGCGGGCGGUGCUGGCGGACGGAGAAGAUGA